UCCCCUUACACUCAUCCCGCCCCUCUUUCCCCGGCUCCCUCCUUCUCGCGGGGAAGACUCCGCCUCCUCUGCCCCUACAAGGAGCGACUAGCCCUAGAUGGCGGCGUGGCGUCGCGGCGGCGUGUGCGUGUCGCGCUUCCUCGUGCCGUUUAUAGGGUCCCGGCACUUCCGCUGUGGGGUUAGAAGCUGCGCGGUCAUGGCGGAGCGCGGACAGCAGCCUCCUCCAGCGAAACGGCUCUGCUGCCGGCCCGGAGGCAGUGGAGGUGGGGGCAGUAGCGGCGGCGGCGGCGGCAGCAGCGGCGGCGGUAGUGGGAGUAGCGGCUACAACUCCGCCUGCCGGCCGGGCCAGCGAGCGAGCAACGCGGCUGUGUGUGGGGGUGGCUCAGCGCUGGGGUUGUUACCGCUCGGGAAGACCCAGAGCCCGGAGUCGCUGCUGGACAUCGCGGCGCGUAAGGUGGCCGAGAAGUGGCCGUUCCAGCGGGUGGAGGAGCGCUUUGAGCGGAUCCCAGAGCCCGUACAGCGCCGGAUCGUCUACUGGUCCUUCCCUCGCAGCGAGCGGGAGAUCUGCAUGUACUCGUCCUUCAACACCGGGGGCGGCGCCGGCGGCGGCGGCGGAGAUGAGAGCGGCGGCGGAGGCGGCGGCGGCGGCGGCAGCGUCUCCUCGUCCUCCUCGUCCAACUCGUCCGCCGCUGCCGCCGCCGCCGCCGCCGCCGCUGCCGCCGCCGCCGCCGCCGGGGCGGCUGUGGGGGCCGGCGGAGCCGGGGACAGCGGCGACGAGACCCGGCUGCCUUUCCGCCGGGGCAUCGCGCUGCUGGAGAGCGGCUGCGUCGAUAACGUCCUGCAAGUCGGUUUUCACUUGAGUGGCACAGUGACGGAACCUGCAAUGCAAUCGGAGCCAGAAACUGUUUGCAACGUAGCUAUCAGCUUUGAUCGUUGCAAGAUUACCUCAGUGACCUGUAGCUGUGGAAACAAGGACAUAUUUUACUGUGCCCAUGUUGUGGCACUUUCUUUAUAUCGCAUCCGCAAGCCAGAUCAGGUCAAACUGCAUCUUCCCAUUUCAGAGACUCUCUUUCAAAUGAACAGAGACCAACUACAAAAAUUUGUACAGUAUUUGAUUACAGUGCACCAUACAGAGGUUUUGCCAACCGCUCAAAAAUUAGCAGAUGAAAUUCUUUCCCAGAAUUCAGAAAUCAACCAAGUCCAUGGUGCUCCUGAUCCAACAGCAGGUGCUAGUAUAGAUGACGAAAACUGCUGGCACUUAGAUGAAGAACAGGUUCAAGAACAGGUUAAACUCUUCCUUUCCCAGGGUGGGUACCAUGGAUCAGGGAAACAGCUUAACUUGCUCUUUGCAAAGGUGAGAGAGAUGUUGAAGAUGAGGGACUCGAAUGGCGCUCGAAUGUUGACAUUGAUAACAGAGCAGUUCAUGGCUGACCCCCGUCUCUCACUUUGGAGGCAACAAGGCACUGCAAUGACUGACAAGUAUAGGCAGCUCUGGGACGAACUUGGGGCCUUGUGGAUGUGUAUAGUCUUAAAUCCCCAUUGCAAGUUGGAACAGAAGGCCAGUUGGCUAAAACAGCUGAAAAAAUGGAACAGUGUUGAUGUUUGUCCCUGGGAAGAUGGAAACCAUGGAAAUGAGCUGCCCAAUUUAACCAAUGCUUUGCCUCAGGGUGCAAAUGCCAACCAAGAUUCAUCGAGCAGACCACAUCGGACAGUGUUCACACGGGCCAUUGAGGCAUGCGAUCUUCACUGGCAGGAUAGCCACUUACAGCACAUUAUCAGCAGCGACCUAUACACCAACUACUGUUACCAUGACGACACUGAAAACUCCCUCUUUGACUCUCACGGGUGGCCUCUCUGGCAUGAACAUGUUCCUACAGCAUGUGCAAGAGUAGAUGCAUUAAGAUCUCAUGGAUACCCAAGAGAAGCACUGAGGCUAGCAAUAGCAAUUGUUAAUACGCUAAGACGACAACAGCAGAAACAGCUGGAAAUGUUCCGAACUCAGAAGAAAGAACUGCUUCACAAGGGAAUAACAUCAAUUACCAAUCUAGAAGGUUGGGUUGGUCAUCCAUUAGAUCCCAUUGGUACCCUCUUCAGUAGCCUUAUGGAAGCCUGCAGAGUGGAUGAUGAAAGUUACCCUGGAUUCUCAGAUUUUUCAGAAAAUAUGGGGCAGGGCAAGUCUCUGGAGUACCAGCACCUGCCUGCACACAAGUUCUUGGAAGAAGGGGAAUCAUAUUUAACGCUGGCUGUGGAAGUAGCACUAAUAGGGCUGGGGCAACAGCGGAUCAUGCCAGAUGGAUUGUAUACACAAGAGAAGGUUUGCCGAAAUGAGGAACAGCUCAUUUCCAAGCUACAAGAAAUCGAGUUGGAUGAUACAUUAGUGAAAAUUUUUCGCAAGCAAGCAGUCUUCCUAUUAGAAGCUGGACCAUAUAGUGGUUUAGGAGAAAUCAUUCAUCGAGAGAGUGUUCCAAUGCAUACGUUUGCCAAGUAUCUCUUUACCUCUCUCCUACCUCAUGAUGCUGAACUGGCAUACAAAAUUGCACUGAGAGCAAUGCGAUUACUAGUAUUGGAAUCUACUGCUCCAACAGGAGAUAUGUCCCGCCCACACCACAUUGCAUCAGUUGUUCCAAACCGGUAUCCCCGCUGGUUUACCCUAAGCCACAUUGAGUCCCAGCAGUGUGAAUUGGCAUCAACUAUGCUAACAGCAGCCAAAGGAGAUGUUCGGAGGCUUGAAACAGUAUUAGAAUCCAUCCAGAAAAACAUUCACUCCUCAUCACACAUUUUUAAGCUUGCCCAAGAUGCAUUUAAGAUAGCAACUCUCAUGGACAGUUUGCCAGAUAUCACUCUUUUGAAAGUGUCUCUGGAGCUGGGCCUUCAGGUUAUGCGAAUGACACUGUCCACUUUAAAUUGGCGACGGCGGGAAAUGGUGAGAUGGUUGGUAACAUGUGCAACUGAAGUGGGUGUUUAUGCACUGGAUAGUAUCAUGCAGAGCUGGUUUACGCUCUUCACCCCAACAGAAGCCACUAGUAUUGUUGCUACAACGGUGAUGUCCAACAGCACCAUUGUCCGUCUACAUCUAGACUGCCACCAGCAGGAAAAACUGGCUGGCAGUGCUAGGACGCUUGCUCUUCAGUGUGCCAUGAAGGACCCUCAGAACUGCGCCCUCUCUGCACUGACCUUGUGUGAAAAGGAUCACAUAGCUUUUGAGACCGCUUACCAAAUUGUUCUCGAUGCUGCUACGACCGGCAUGAGCUACACGCAGCUUUUCACGAUAGCCCGGUACAUGGAGCACCGCGGUUACCCCAUGAGGGCCUAUAAGCUGGCUACAUUGGCCAUGACGCAUCUCAACCUGAGUUACAAUCAGGACACACACCCUGCCAUUAAUGACGUUUUGUGGGCAUGUGCGCUCAGCCACUCCCUCGGGAAAAAUGAGCUAGCGGCUAUAAUACCUCUGGUGGUCAAAAGUGUCAAAUGCGCAACAGUACUCUCAGACAUUUUGCGCAGAUGUACUUUGACCACUCCUGGGAUGGUGGGACUUCAUGGAAGGAGGAACUCUGGUAAGCUCAUGUCGCUGGACAAAGCCCCUUUAAGGCAACUCCUGGAUGCCACAAUUGGAGCCUACAUUAACACCACACAUUCGCGACUCACACACAUCAGUCCUCGACACUAUAGUGAGUUUAUCGAGUUCCUUAGCAAGGCCCGAGAGACCUUCUUAAUGGCUCAUGAUGGACACAUUCAGUUUACACAGUUUAUUGACAACCUAAAGCAAAUCUACAAAGGCAAAAAGAAACUGAUGAUGUUGGUGCGUGAGCGGUUUGGUUGAUAGAAUGUGUGUGAAUGGGAGGAGGGGUGGGGGGAGGGGGGAAUGGUUUGUUUUUACUUGAGCCUGCCUUUGUAUCCUUUUUAACUUAAAGAAACAGAGCCACACCGGUAUUAUAUGUGUAUAGUUAUAUUGAGUUUGCAAACUAAAUUGUCAUGUUGUGAAAGUUUGUGUGUUUUCCAUUUUUUUCCCCCUUUUUUUCGGUUUUGUAUGAGAGAGAGGUUAAAAAAAAGGUUUGGUUUACACUGAGUAUAUGUUGUCAAGUGGCAAAAGUCCACACAGCUCUCCUGUUUUCUGUAUCCGUUCACAGCCUCAAAAAUGAUUGCAAUGGCUUUAAAAACCAAACAAAACACCUCCAUCCUGUGAUAAGUACCUCGAAUGGAUUCAGCUUUACUCCUUUGUAACUCAUCUUUACAUUUCAGCAUAUUUAAACCAACCAACACAAUGAAAUCCUAAUAGUUAAAAAAAAAAAAAAGGCUGACCACGUGGCUUUGCAGUGCUGUUCAUCCGGAAGCAUGGCACCCAGUGCUUGUGCAUGUGGAAACUUAGCGACUGUCAACAUACAUUCUCAGGGAUUUAUCAAAAAAAUUAAAAAAAAAAAAAAGAAUGAGAGCAUUUAUUGUACUGUAUAUAUAUUAUAGUAUAUGUCUGAAUAUUGAAAAAAUAUAACAUUAACUAAUUUAUAAAAAUAUUCUAUGUAAUGCAAAAUACUUGAAGCUGCAGUAGCUUGGUUUUAAACAAAAAAAAAAAAAAAAAAAAAAAUGAGAGAAUCUACCCGAAGGACUAAAAGUGCGCCUUGCUCCAGGGGUGACUCAGGUGGUGAACUUUAUGCUGGGCAUCUAUGCAGAGCCACCAUUUGGAUUGCAUGGUUAGACUGAUAGCUGUUGGGGAAAUUAUAUAUGUAUAUAUAUUUAUACAACUUAUGUAUACAUAUAUAUAUGUAUGUAUGUAUACACACAUACACACACACACACAUACACUGCACACCACACAUGCUUGUAACAGGCACUACAAUAAAGAGGGACAACAUAAGACACAGCCAGAGCAGCAAGCCUUAGCAUUAAGAGUACAGUAUGCCAGAACUGAGGUUUGUGCCUCCUAGCCGAGAAAACUUAAAACAUAUUCCCUUUUGACACAAAACGCAAAAUGUUUUCCAAAACAAUUGACAUACUUUACGCCUUUGCAGUGAGCUAAUAAUAAGCUAACCUUUGUGCACAAAUAACAUAUAUAUAUUAUAUAUAUAUAUAUAUAUAUUCUGCAUAGGUAUUUUGACUUUGUGCAGGACAGAAAGUUGUGUAGGUAUGACUGUUCUACUUUUCAGUUGUCUUUUUUUAAUAUAUUUUAUUUUCUCUAGAAUUACUCAAACAAAAGCAGCCUUCUAUCUUGCCUUGUCUUAAUGCUUUAAAAUAACCAAACUGGAGAUCUAACUACCAAACUGUUCAUUAUAUUAUUAAAUACCAACUUUGGUUACAGUAUAGUGUCUUUACUUUAGCUGAUGGUUCUGUAUCCUUGUGCUUUUGAAAGCAAUUUUUAUGUUUUGGUGCAAAAGUUGUCCAGUGUCUCUUGUUCCCUUCAUUAGAGAACAUGCUAGAGGUAUGUUUGUAGGUAUUUUUGUUUAGAGAAACUAUUUCAUGCUCUCCAUUUUAUUUAUUAUAAUAGAUAAAAAAGGUUGUACUUCAUCACCCAUGUAAACAUGCUCAUGAAGUUGAAAGUAAUUAAGAUUUGAUACACUGAUAUCAAUUUAUUUAUGUAACUAAAUCACUGUUUUAUAAACUUGUUAAUGAUCAACAAUUUUUGUUUUGAUUAAAAUUAGUUUUUUGAAAGUUGA